GAUGAAGAUGAUGAGGUUUGCAUUAUCUGCUCUAAGCCCGACUCAGAGCCGCCCAACGAGAUAUUAUUUUGCGACAGCUGCGAUAUGGCUGUGCAUCAAAUGUGUUAUGGUGUGGUCAAGAUCCCAGACGGUGAUUGGUUGUGCAAAGACUGUUCUCAAGACGCAUCAAUUGGCGUCAUUGCAUCAGACAAGGAGGCCAUAUCGAUCAUGGCCGUUGAGAACGUGCCUGACAUCACCAACCUUGAGCAACAUUUACGAUCAUUGCAACGGGUCUUACUAGAUCGAUGUACCGGUAGGCGCCGGAUUAAACUGCUUGGACAGGACGAUGCCUACGACAAAACGUUCCAGUUGGUAGAGCAGACCAUCCUGGCCGGCGAGGGAAACUCCAUGCUCGUCAUUGGUGCCAGAGGGUGUGGAAAGACGACUAUGGUGGACUCGGUUCUCUCUGACCUCAGUCUGGAGCACAAGAAUGAGUUUCAUGUUAUCCGUCUGAACGGUUUCAUACACACCGACGACAAAUUGGCGCUGAAAGAUAUCUGGCGGCAGCUAGGCAAAGAGAUGGACGUCGAUGAUGACCUGAUCGGCAAGGCCAACAACUACGCUGACACGCUGGCAUCGCUGCUCUCGCUCUUAUCCCACCCGUCGGAGAUCGCAGAGGCCCAAGAAGGUGUCACGUCCACAUCGGUGGUUUUCGUCAUCGACGAGUUUGACUUGUUUGCGACUCAUGCAAGGCAGACGCUUCUGUACAACCUUUUCGACAUUGCGCAAGCACGAAAGGCGCCCAUCGCAGUCUUGGGUCUGACCAACAAAAUUGAUGUGGUGGAGGGACUCGAAAAGCGAGUGAAGAGCCGAUUUAGUCACCGCUAUGUCUACAUGUCUCUGCCCAAGACACUGGCUGCAUAUUGGAGCGUGUGCAGGCAGGGACUUGUGGUCGAUGACGAGGACGCAAAGUCGGAGGGUCUCGAUACGUCGGUCAAGGGGUUUGCCAAGUUCCAUGACUACUGGACCAAGAAGACCGAUGCGCUCUUUGAAGAACAGGCAUUCAAGGACCACAUCGAGUAUCACUACUGCAGCAACAAAUCCGUACCAGCGUUCCUGGGAAGCUGUGUGCUCCCCUUAGCAGGCCUCUCCCCCACAAACCUGACCCUGCGAUUCAGUCCGACCCUCACCAGCGACCCGCCCGACUCGAAGCUUCACCUACUUGGGUCCUUAUCAGAUCUGGACCUAGCGCUUCUCAUCUCCGCAGCCCGUCUUGAUAUCGUGGCUCAUACGGACACUGUGAACUUCGCCAUGGCCUACGACGAGUAUACAACACUGAUCGGACGGCAGCGCGUGCAGUCGGCCGCAGCGGGAAUGCUGGCCCUGGGUGGAGGUGUACGGGUCUGGGGCCGAGGCGUCGCUGAGAUGGCGUGGGAGCGGCUUGUCUCUUUAGGGCUCCUUCUUCCCACCGGGAUGGGCGGCAGACAUGGCGGCAUCGAGGGAAGGAUGUGGAAGGUUGAUGUGAUUCUGGAAGAGAUCCCGGCCGCGGUAAAACUGAACGCAGUCCUUGCCAGGUGGUGCAGGGAGAUAUGA